AUGCCCUGCCAGACUCCAAGCGAGAGCGGCUACCUGAUGAUCCCCAUCCUCGUUGGAAUGAUGCUCGGGCUCUUUCUUCAGGGCAUCGGUACCACGAUGUUCGGCUACUACGCUCCCUUUAUGAUCUUCGCCUCCAUAUGCAUGCCGAUUGCAGCGGGCUUGAUGACAACAUACGAUGUCCACACACCCCUCGCCCAGAUCAUCCUCUAUUCCGGAUUCGCCGGCUUCAGUGGAGGCAUCGGCUUCCAAGGCUCCCAAGCGGCUGUUCAGACAACGUUGAGUGCCGCAGAUGUCAAUCUGGGGAUCGGGGUCAUCUUGUUCGGGCAGAGCCUGGGCCCGGCGGUGUUUAUCGCUAUUGCGCAGGUUAUAUUCACGAAUCAGUUGUCGUCAAGUCUGGCAGAUGUUAUACCAGGAUUGAAACCUGCGUAUAUUGAAGAGCACGGACUUGGUGAUAUUAAGAAGGGAGUUCCUGUCCAGCGGUGGGAUCAGGUGUUGGGUGGUAUCGAGCGGAGCUUGACGCAUACUUGGUACCUUGCUGUCGCGUUGGCUUGCACGACGAUUGUGGGAAGUCUCUUAAUCGAAUGGCGCUCGGUUAAGCAGAAGAAGUCGUGA